AAGGGAGUUUCAUGUUUCUUGUGUAAAACUCCAAAAGGCGUAUUAAAACCCCAUAAAACCCAAAACACUUUUUUAUUUUCUGUCACCAUUUGCUCUCUGUUUUAGAAAAAAAUAAAGGUUGAAUCUUUGAUUAUCAAUUUGUCGGAAAAGUCUUGAAGAAGGAGAAGGGAAAAGAAACCCUAGGCUCAGACUACAGAGGCAAUGGAAGAGAGCAGUAGCAGCAACAACAUGGCUAGCAAUGUGGCCAGAGCCAUAGCCGUAGCCCUGAACUUUAGCACCACUCCCGAAGAUCGCAAAGCCGCCGUCUCUUACCUUGAAUCUAUCAAAGCUGGAGAUAUACGAGUUUUGGCAAACACAUCUUUCCUUCUAGUAAAAAAAGACUGGUCCUCUGAAAUUCGGUUGCAUGCUUUUAAAAUGUUGCAGCAUUUGGUUCGGUUGCGGUGGGAGGAAUUAAGCUCCAUAGAGAGGAGGAACUUUGCAAAUGUUGCUCUUGAUUUGAUGUCUGAGAUGGCAAAUCCUUGUGAGGAAUGGGCCUUGAAAAGUCAAACAGCAGCCCUUGUUGCUGAGAUUGUAAGAAGAGAAGUACACCUAUGGCACGAACUGCUUCCAUCUCUGGUUUCCUUAUCUGGGAAGGGUCCUGUACAAGCUGAGUUGGUUUCAAUGAUGCUGAGGUGGCUUCCGGAAGAUAUAACUGUUCACAAUGAAGAUUUGGAAGGUGAUCGACGAAGACUAUUACUGCGUGGGCUUACUCAAUCUUUGCCUGAAAUUUUGCCUUUACUAUACACGUUACUAGAAAGGCACUUCGGAUGUGCGGUGAAUGAAGCAGGCAAACAACAAUUGGACCUUGCAAAACAACAUGCAGCUACAGUGACAGCUACUUUGAAUGCUGUUAAUGCAUAUGCUGAAUGGGCUCCAUUACCUGAUCUUGCUAAAUAUGGUAUAAUUCAUGGGUGUAGUUUUCUCCUUUCUUCCCCUGAUUUCCGCCUUCAUGCUUGUGAAUUUUUCAAACUUGUCUCUCCCAGGAAGAGACCAUUUGAUGAAUCUGCCCCUGAUUUUGAUUCUGCAAUGAGAAAUAUCUUUCAUACCCUGAUGAACCUUUCCAAAGAAUUCUUAUACAAAUCUGGCUCUAGUUCUGGGGCUCUCGAUGAAAGUGAUAUUGAGUUUGCAGAAUAUAUAUGUGAGAGUAUGGUGUUCUUGGGCAGUUCAAACUUGCAAUGUAUUGCUGGUGAUAGCACCUUACUACCUCUUUAUUUUCAACUGAUGUUGGGGUUCUUUCAACAUUUUAAGCUAGCUCUUCAUUUUCAAUCCCUGCUCUUUUGGCUGGCACUAAUGAGAGACUUAAUGUCAAAGCCGAAGGUUGUACAUUCAACUGGGGAUGGUUCUGUUGUUAAAGCUUUGGGCUCUGGUUCUGUCCAGGUUGAUAACGAAAAGAAAGUUAUCUUAAGUUUUGUAAAUGAUGAUAUGUGUACUGCAAUUCUGGAUAUAUCUUUCCAGCGCAUGCUCAAGAAAGAAAAAGUUCCUCUUGGAAUAAGUAUGGGGUCAUUGGAGUUGUGGAGUGAAGAUUUUGAGGGAAAGGGUGAUUUUGGCCAGUAUCGUUCAAAAUUGUUAGAAUUGAUCAAGUUUAUUGCUUCAUACAAGCCCUUGAUAGCUGGUAUUAAGGUUUCUGAAAGAAUUGAUACAAUUAUCAAAACGCUCUUGCUUUCUUCCAUGCCUGCUCAGGAGCUGGCUGUGAUGGAUAGCAUGCAAUUGGCUUUAGAAAAUGUUGUAAGCACAGUUUUUGAUGGGUCAAAUGAAAUCGUUGGUGGUAGUUCUGAAGUUCAACUCGCACUAUGCAGAAUAUUUGAAGGGUUGCUUCAGCAACUUCUUUCUUUGAAAUGGACUGAGCCAGCCCUUGUGGAAGUACUUGGGCACUACUUAGAUGCAUUUGGUCCUUUUCUGAAGUUUUUCCCAGAUGCAGUUGGCAGUGUUAUCAACAAAUUAUUUGAGCUUUUAACCUCACUUCCAUUUGUCGUUAAGGAUCCUUCUACAAAUAGUGCACGACAUGCAAGGUUGCAAAUUUGUACAUCUUUUAUUCGUAUUGCCAAAGCUGCUGAUAAAAGUGUUCUGCCUCAUAUGAAGGGUAUAGCAGAUACCAUGGCGUAUUUGCAAAGAGAAGGUCGUUUACUUCGUGGUGAACAUAAUCUUCUAGGUGAAGCAUUUCUUGUCAUGGCUUCUGCUGCAGGGAUUCAGCAACAGCAAGAGGUUUUGGCCUGGUUAUUAGAACCUUUGAGCCAACAGUGGACUCAGCUUGAUUGGCAAAAUAAUUAUUUGUCUGAACCACUAGGUAUAGUUCGGCUUUGCUUUGAGACACCAAUGAUGUGGUCAAUUUUCCAUACUGUGACUUUCUUUGAGAAGGCACUCAAGAGAAGUGGAACAAGAAAAGCCCAACCGAAUUUACAAAACAACUUGGCAGCAAGUUCUACUUUCUUGCAUCCUAUGGCAUCUCAUUUAUCAUGGAUGCUGCCACCUCUUCUGAAACUGCUUCGUGUGGUACACUCCCUUUGGUCUCCAUCUGUUUCUCAAUCACUACCUGUAGAGGUAAAAGCCGCUAUGACCAUGAGUGAUGUUGAGAGGUUCAGUCUUCUUGGGGAAGGAAACCCCAAAUUGUCAAAGGGUGCAUCAAUAUCCGCCGAGGGAUAUCAGAUCAGUAUAAGUAAGGAAGGUUAUACAGAGCCAAAUGAAAAUGAUAUACGGAAUUGGCUGAAAGGUAUCAGAGAUAGCGGGUACAAUGUAUUGGGCUUGUCAACAACAAUUGGGGAUACACUUUUCAAAUGUUUGGAUAUUCAUUCAGUCGCUUUAGCCCUGAUGGAGAAUAUACAAUCCAUGGAGUUCAGGCAUAUAAGGCAGCUUGUUCAUUCAGCUUUGAUUCCUUUGGUUAAAAAUUGCCCUUCAGAUAUGUGGGAGGUUUGGCUAGAAAAGCUUUUGCACCCAUUAUUUCUACACUCUCAGCAGGUUCUUAGCUGCUCCUGGUCCAGUCUUCUACAUGAAGGUAGAGCAAAGGUUCCAGAUGCCCAUGGAAUUCUUGCUGGAUCAGACUUAAAAGUGGAAGUAAUGGAGGAGAAGUUACUUAGAGAUUUAACUCGGGAGGUUUGCUCACUUCUCUCUGUUAUAGCUUCACCACAGCUAAAUACCAGACUUCCUACCUUGGAGAGCUCUGGACAUAUCAGCCGCGUGGAUACGUCUUCACUCAAAGAGUUGGAUGCAUUCACUUCAAACUCCAUGGUUGGUUUCAUAUUGAAGCACAAAAAUUUGGCCCUUCCAGCAUUGCAUAUAUGUUUAGGAGCUUUCACAUGGACAGAUGGUGAAGCAGUCACCAAAGUUUCUUCCUUUUGUGCUACUUUGGUUGUUCUAGCCAUAUCAACAAGAAGUGUCGAACUCCAAGAAUUUGUUUCCAAGGAUCUGUUUUCAGCAAUUAUUCAAGGUUUAGCCCUCGAGUCAAAUGCAAUUAUUAGUGCUGAUCUGGUUGGUCUCUGUCGUGAAAUAUUCAUAUAUCUCUGUGAUAGAGAUUCAGCUCCAAGGAAGGUUUUGCUCUCGCUUCCUUCCAUCACACCUCAAGAUUUGCUUGCUUUUGAAGAAGCUUUGACAAAGACAUCUAGUCCUAAAGAACAAAAACAACAUAUGAAAAGCUUGCUCUUAUUAGCUACCGGAAACAAGUUAAAAGCACUUGCCGCUCAGAAAAGUGUAAAUGUAAUUACCAAUGUAUCAAUGAGACCUCGCAGCAUGGUCAACUCUACAGAAACCAGAGUGGAUGAGAGUGAAGCGGUAGGACUGGCAGCAAUAUUAUGAUGGGUUUGUCCUUUUUUUCUUUUUUUUUUUGUACAGGAAUGAGUAUCACAAAAAUAUGCUUCUUAACCAAACAAUAGAAACUACAUCUUGUAUAUUUAUUUUAUUAUUAUUAUUUUUUUGUCCUUUACAAACUCCAAUAAUAGCUUAAAGGAUAAUGAUAAUGAUAGUGUUAGGUUUUUGGUUUUGGUUUAA